CGUAUCGAACACUCGUUGUCAUCGGUCGCUUUGGUAGAAUCUCCCCAAGUGUUUUCUGUAGAGUGCCUAUUUGUGGAUUGCGACCGUUUGUUACGGGUAAUUUCAGUGCCAGUGUAUGGGAUCGGAGCUAACCCAUCCCGAUCUAGUGCAAUUCGAUCCGUUGUACGGAUAAAAAGUGCAUUUUUCGAUACCACAAAAAUCGUUGUGAUAACACGUGCUUACAGCAACGAAUCUCCAUAUUGGCUGCCAAGGUCGAGCUCUGCCUCCCGGACGGUAGCCAGCUCGGACUUAGCCUUCCAGGCGUAAACUGAUAGCCAUCGGCUAUAUUGUAUAUGUGCAGUGAAGACUUGUGUGAUAGUGAGAGUGUGUCUGAAGAUACUGCUUAGCAUCUACCGCCAUCGUAAAACCAAACACGUGGUCAGUGUUCAUUGGUUGCUGUGUUGAGAAGUUUUCUGCACACCAGCAGCAGGGACGAUCAUUUUGCUACCCUUGAAGUGAUACAAGCUAAGUAUUAUUAUAGUAUUUGUUCUCUCUUUCCUUCUCGCUAGCAUAUCUUUGUGAAGCGUCUCCUUCACCUUAUUAUGAGCGAGGGUGGAGGCCUUUCCCCCUCAAAUGGCAAACCCCUCAUCAAUAUGGAUGUUAUAGAAGACCAAAAUUAUCUUCCUUCCUCUGACAAUCCCCCUCGUACUCGCGUGUGGCCGAUCGGUUCUGCUGGGCCUUAUGUGGUAUAUUUCCGGUCCAAAAAAGAUGAACCGCUUAAUUUGAUGCAAAUAUCGCGCGAACUGGCUAAACAUUAUCCGGACGUGAUUCAGAUAACAAAGGUUCGAGCAAAAAAAUUGAAAGUGGUCGUAAAAACCAUAGAGCAGGCGAAUAAGAUCGCUCGCCACGAUGCUUUUACACGGAGCUAUCGAGUCUACAUACCAGCGCGAGAAGUAGAAAUUGACGGCGUGGUCACGGAAGCGAGCCUGAAUUGCGAAGACCUUCUGAAGCAUGGGGUUGGUUGUUUCAGGGACCCUACACUUCAGAAGGUAAAAAUAUUGGACUGCAAGCAAUUGAAUUCAAUAAAAAUUGCAGAGGAUAAUACAAAAACAUAUUCUCCAUCAGGCUCGUUUCGGGUGACUUUUGCUGGAUCUGUCCUUCCUAACUUCAUCCUUCUGGACAGAGUUCGCUUACCGGUUCGACUUUUUGUGCCGCGGGUGAUGAAUUGCACUAACUGCAAGCAGUUGGGCCAUACAGCCACCUAUUGCGGCAAUAAACAGAGAUGCAUUAAAUGUGGGGGGGACCAUGUGGAUGAUUCCUGCGGUGAAAAAGCUGAAAAGUGCCUUUACUGUGGGGAAAAUCCACAUGAAUUGAGUUCAUGCCCCACAUACAAACUGCGCGGGGAAAAAUUAAAACGAUCUCUUAAAGAACGUUCCAAGCGCACCUUCGCAGAGAUGCUGAAGAACGCCAUGCCACCUGUCGAAUCGGUAAACCUUUAUGAUUGUUUGCCUUCUGACGAGAUUGACUCCGAUGACCCUCAAGAGGGAACAUCCUUUGCUAUGCCUAGCGGUUCUAGGAAAAGAAAGCCAACCUCAUCUCCUAAGCUGCCUUGUAAAGGCCCAAGGGUGUCCUCUGUGGGGAUCAACAAAGUUACAACACGGGGAAGUGCUUCACAGAAACCGAAGCAAAAGGCUCCUGGUCUGGCAAACUUAAGAUCAGACCAAGAAUUUCCAUCACUUCCUGGUACAACAAACACCCCCAGUACCCCCAAAAUUCAACUAGAGAAUCAAUCAAGUGCUGGACUACUGAAAUUCUCUGAUAUUGUGGACUGGAUUUUCAGAACCUUCAAUAUCACUGAUCCUCUUAAAAGUAUGAUUAUGACAUUUAUGCCAACAGUUAGAACAUUUUUGAAGCAGUUGACUGCUACAUGGCCCCUCCUUUCAGUGAUUGUAUCCUUCGAUGGCUAACUCAUCGAACGGGGUUGAGGAUUCAAUCACUGUCUUACAGUGGAAUUGCAGAAGUAUUAUCCCGAAAAUUGAUUCCUUCAAAAUUUUAAUAAAUAGUGUGAAAUGUGACGCGUUUGCAUUAUGUGAAACCUGGUUGACUUCGAAUAUUUCCCUCAACUUCCACGAUUUUAACAUUAUUCGCUUGGAUCGAGAUAACCCCUACGGAGGAGUACUUUUGGGGAUCAAAAAGUGCUAUUCUUUCUAUCGAAUUAACCUCCCCUCGAUACCAGGUAUUGAAGUGGUCGCAUGUCAUAUCACAAUCAAAGGCAAGGACCUUUGCAUUGCUUCCAUUUACAUUCCCCCAAGAGUCUCGGUUGGGUUCCAAUGGCUCAGCGACAUCAUGCAACUUCUUCCUGCGCCGACGUUAGUUUUAGGAGACUUCAACUCUCACGGUACGGGAUGGGGUUGUCUUCAUGAUGACAACAGAUCAACCGCGAUCUAUGAUAUUUGCGAUAGCUUCAAUAUGACUAUUCUGAACUCGGGAGAAAUGACACGGAUUCCCCCACCACCAGCAAGACCAAGUGCGCUGGAUUUAUCCCUUUGCUCGACCUCGUUACGACUAGAUUGCAAGUGGGAGGCAAUCCCUGAUCCCCAUGGUAGCGAUCAUCUACCUAUCGUAAUUUCAGUCGCCAGGGGAUUGAGAUCAUUGGAGACAAUCAAUGUUUCGUAUGACCUCACACGAAAUAUUGAUUGGAAAUGCUACGCAAUCUUGAUAUCUGAGAAACUAGAAACAACACAAGAACUUCCUCCGGAGGAAGAGUACACGUUUUUGGCUGGCUUGAUUCUCGACUCCGCGAUUCAAGCUCAGACGAAACGUGUACCCGGCGCGAAAACUAACAUCCGUCCUCCCAACCCGUGGUGGGACAAAGAGUGCUCAUCUCUGAACGCUGAAAGAUCUCUAGCAUUCAAAAAAUUCAGAAAAAACGGAACAUCUGAUAAUUAUCGGAAUUACACGGCGCUAGACAAGCGAAUGAAGAACUUAGUUAAAGCAAAGAAACUAGGUUAUUGGCGACGGUUUGUUGACGGAUUAACAAAAGAAACAUCGAUGAGGACUCUUUGGAACACUGCUCGACGAAUGCGUAACCAAAACACGACGAACGAAAGCGAGGAAUAUUCUAACAGCUGGAUAUUCGAUUUCGCUAAAAAAGUAUGCCCCGAUUCUGUUCCGGAACAGAAGAUCUCCCGCGUCGCGAUAUCGAAUACAAACGAAACACCGUUUUCGAUGGUAGAGCUCUCACUUGCGCUUCUGUCAUGUAACAAUAAAGCCCCGGGGCUAGACAGAAUUAAAUUCAACUUGUUGAAAAAUCUGCCUGACUCUGCCAAAAGGCGCUUGUUGAAUAUAUUCAACAAGUUCCUCGAGGGUAAUAUUGUCCCUCAUGACUGGAGACAAGUGAGAGUUAUCGCCAUUCAAAAACCUGGGAAACCAGCCUCCGAUCACAAUUCGUAUCGGCCGAUUGCUAUGCUCUCCUGCAUCCGGAAGUUGUUUGAAAAAAUGAUUCUCUUUCGUUUAGACAAUUGGGUCGAGACUAAUGGCUUGCUUUCAGGUACACAAUUUGGUUUCCGCAAAGGCAAAGGAACGAACGAUUGUCUUGCGUUGCUCUCAACAGAAAUUCAAAUGGCAUUUGCUCGUAAAGAACAAAUGGCGUCAGUUUUCCUAGACAUUAAGGGGGCUUUUGACUCAGUUUCUAUAAAUAUCCUAUCUGAGAAGUUGCAUCAGCAUGGUCUUUCGCCAGUUUUGAACAACUUUUUACAUAAUCUAUUGUCUGAGAAACACAUGUACUUUGCGCAUGGUGAUUUGUCGACAAUACGAUUCAGCUACAUGGGUCUUCCUCAGGGCUCAUGCUUAAGCCCCCUUUUAUACAAUUUUUACGUAAGUAAUAUCGAUGAAUGUAUCAACACAUCUUGCACGCUAAGACAACUUGCCGAUGACAGCGUUGUGUCUAUUAUAGGACCCAAAGCUGGCGAUCUGCAAGGGCCGUUACAAGAUACUCUUGCCAACUUAUCCACAUGGGCUCUUCAAAUGGGUAUCGAGUUCUCUACGGAGAAAACUGAGCUGGUUGUAUUUUCGAGGAAGCGAGAACCAGCACAAUUACAGCUUCAACUAGGGGG